UUGAUGGAUAUAAAAACUUAACCUAAAUACAAUCCAAUAUCGAAAAGUACCCGUUCAGCAUUAAUAAUUUAUACAUAAUAUAUAUAUAUAAUUAAAAUAAUAAAUGAAAAAAGUAUGAAUUAACAGAUAACGUAAAAGAAUAUAAAAAGUCUGAACUGUAAAAAAAGUAGACAAUAGGAAACAAACCAUUUAAAAACCCCCGACUUUCAUGAAUAUUUACAAAGUAAAAAAAAAUUUCGUUCAACAAUGAAAAUGAUCACGGCAAACAUAUUCAAGUCGGGGGACAUGAUUAAUAUAUUUAUUACACAAUUCUAAUAACGUCAAGAUUCGAUUUUACUACUUCUUCCGACUUGGGUACAUUUCACAUAUUCAACUUAAAUUAUUGACAGGUCGGGGGUUUUUAAAUUAUCAAUUUUUUAUAAAUUAUUAAUCUUACCGGCUUGUGGCCCUGCUGGGACGAUGCCCAAAAUGGGGAAAAAAAAUUAUUGACCUAAAGUAAAAUGCUAGUUUUAAGGGCAUUUCAUUGUUGCACAAGUCUCAGUGUGUUGCGUAUUCGAAGUUUUUCAACUUUAUCCACGAAUACAAAAAAAAUAAGUAAAAAUCGAAUUCAGGCAUGGCAAAUACAUGCCUACGGUAAUUUAGAUGAAUUGACUUUAUCAAACAUCCGUAUGCCCAUUAUUUCAAAACCUUCACAAGUCAUAGUGAAAGUUGAAGCUUCUAGCGUUAAUCCAAUUGAUGUUGCUAUGAUCAAUGGUUAUGGUGUCAAGUUGAUGAAUCUUAUGAGAAGAAUAAGAAAAUUUAAUGAAGAAAUAGAAUUUCCUUUAACAACAGGAAGAGACUUCUCUGGAAUCGUAGUUGCAAAAGGUCAUAGCGUUGGAUCUAAGUUGGAAUUAGGUGAUGAAGUUUGGGGUGUCGUACCUGUAGAACAACAAGGAUGUCAUGCUACUUAUGUUGUUGUUGACAGUGAUCUGGUCAGUCCAAGACCAUCGAAUUUAUCGCACAUUGAAGCUUCAUCUAUUUUAUAUGCUGGGCUUACUGCCUGGUCUUCAUUAUGGGUGACAGGUGGUUUAUGUUGCGAAAAACUUAUGUCCAGAAGAAGUGAUAAAAAAGUACUUGUAUUAGGUGGAUCUGGUGGAGUUGGAACUCUCGCUAUCCAAAUGGCAAAAGCUUGGAAUUUACAGGUUAUUUCUACAUGCAGUACAGACGCAGUAGAUCUAUUAAAAAAAUUGGGAGCUGAUAUCGUGAUUGAUUAUAAACAAAAUGACGCUGAUGAUUUGAUAGUAAAAGAAGGAAUAUAUGACAUCAUCUUAGACUGUUCUAAUCAAGGUGUUGAAAAAAUUGAGUCUAAAAAUUAUCUUUUUAAAACUUAUAUUACUUUGAAUCCGCCUUUACUGAGAAAUUUUGAUGAUUAUGGAUUAAUCGGAGGAACUAUGAAUAAUCUUUUGGACUUAUUUAAACAUAAUAUUCCAAAAAUAAACAGUAAAAGUUGUGUAAAAUGGGGAUUUUUUGCCCCAUCAGCGACUGGAAUCAGAUCUUUACAAAAAUUAGUUGAAAAUCAACAGUUAAGACCAGUCAUUGAAAACGUAUACCAAUUCGAUAAAUUACCUGAAGCAUACAGAAGAGUCGCCGAAGGUCACUUACGAGGUAAAGUAGUGAUUGACAUGACAAGUUAAUGAAAAGUUUGUUAUUGAAACAGAA